AUGACUCUAGUGUGUGUAUCUGUUAAAACAGGAAGCAUCACCAAGACCAGUCGAACAAACAUUGCUAGUCCUGCUCUGCGGCUAUACAAAGUCAAAACCACGCGAGACGACACAGCAAUGUACUUGAAGCCAAGUCUAGGGGCCAAGCAGGCAGAGUGGGUUGCGCUGACACCUGGAAACUGGAAGCACUAUAUAGAUAUUGCAAGAGGUCAUCACCAGAAGUGCAGGACAAACAAAGGCCCUUUUGUUGUAAAGCUGUUUGUAUUUGCUGCAAAAGAGACAACUACUCAGGCUGCAGGAAUACGAAGGCCACCAGUGUCAAGAAUCCAAGACGCUGCCCGUACAGCCCCAUCCGUACCAGAUAAUGCAACUUUUCGCCAGAUGCAGCAUCUUGACUCAAUGCGACCUUUGCCAACGCCUACAAGAACCGAGAGCAACCUGCAAACGAUCACUGUACAGCUGAAUGGCUCGUCAGAUCUACAGCUUUCGUUUAACGUGCGUGAACUACGAACCAUUCUUGGCUUACCGAAUCACAACCUACUAGCUGAAGGGGUAUUCUCCUCAUUCGACGUCCCAGCUGAACCGACGGAAGAUAUGGUCGACGAAGACCUAUUAUAG